AUGUUCAGCUGGCUGGGUACCGACGAUCGCCGGAGGAAAGACCCCGAGGUCUUCCAGACGGUGAGCGAGGGGCUUAAGAAACUCUACAAGACCAAGCUGCUGCCUCUGGAGGAACAUUACCGCUUCCAUGAGUUUCACUCUCCAGCCCUGGAGGAUGCUGACUUCGACAACAAGCCCAUGGUCCUCCUGGUGGGCCAGUACUCCACUGGGAAGACCACCUUCAUCAGGUACCUGCUGGAACAGGACUUCCCAGGCAUGAGAAUCGGCCCUGAGCCGACCACUGACUCCUUCAUCGCGGUGAUGCAGGGAGAGGUGGAGGGAAUCAUCCCCGGGAAUGCACUGGUGGUCGAUCCUAAAAAGCCUUUCCGGAAACUCAAUGCCUUUGGCAAUGCCUUCCUGAACAGGUUUGUGUGUGCCCAGCUGCCCAACCCUGUGCUGGAGAGCAUCAGCGUCAUCGACACGCCGGGGAUCCUCUCUGGGGAGAAGCAGAGGAUCAGCCGAGGUUAUGACUUUGCAGCUGUCCUCGAGUGGUUUGCCGAGAGGGUCGACCGCAUCAUUCUGCUCUUUGACGCCCACAAACUGGACAUCUCCGAUGAGUUCUCCGAGGUCAUCAAGGCCCUCAAAAACCAUGAGGACAAGAUGCGUGUGGUGCUCAACAAAGCCGACCAGAUUGAGACGCAGCAGCUGAUGCGCGUGUACGGGGCUCUCAUGUGGUCGCUGGGGAAGAUCGUGAACACCCCCGAAGUCAUCCGGGUCUACAUCGGCUCCUUCUGGUCCCACCCUCUCCUCAUCCCCGACAACCGGAAGCUCUUUGAGGCUGAGGAGCAGGACCUGUUCAGAGACAUCCAGAGUCUGCCUCGAAACGCUGCCCUGCGCAAGCUCAACGACCUCAUUAAGAGAGCCAGGCUGGCCAAGGUCCAUGCCUACGUCAUCAGCUCCCUGAAGAAGGAGAUGCCCUCAGUGUUUGGAAAGGACAACAAGAAGAAGGAGCUGGUGAACAACCUGGCUGAGAUUUAUGGCCGCAUCGAACGGGAGCACCAGAUCUCACCUGGGGACUUUCCCAACCUGAAGAGGAUGCAGGACCAGCUGCAGGCCCAGGACUUUAGCAAAUUCCAGCCCCUGAAAAGCAAGCUGCUGGAAGUGGUGGACGACAUGCUGGCCCAUGACAUUGCCCAGCUCAUGGUCCUGGUGCGCCAGGAGGAGACCCAGCGGCCAGUCCAGAUGGUGAAAGGAGGAGCGUUUGAGGGCACUCUGCAUGGCCCCUUCGGGCAUGGCUAUGGGGAGGGGGCCGGGGAGGGCAUCGACGAUGCCGAGUGGGUGGUAUCCAGGGACAAACCCAUGUACGACGAGAUCUUCUACACCCUGUCACCAGUGGACGGCAAGAUCACAGGCGCCAAUGCCAAGAAGGAGAUGGUACGCUCCAAGCUGCCCAACAGCGUGCUGGGGAAGAUCUGGAAGCUGGCCGACAUCGACAAGGACGGCAUGCUGGAUGAUGAGGAGUUCGCCCUGGCCAACCACCUCAUCAAGGUCAAGCUGGAGGGACAUGAGCUGCCCAACGAGCUGCCUGCCCACCUCCUGCCCCCUUCCAAGAGGAAAGUGGUUGAGUGA